AUGAAGUUGUUCAUCGAUACUGAAAGUGGCUCAUCGUUCUCCAUUGAUGUUGAUUUCUUGAAUACACUGCUAAUGAUAAAACAGAAGAUCGAGGAGUCUCAAGGUAUCCCUGUUUGCAGACAAACACUUUUCUUCCAAGGCGAAGUUCUUCCAGACAACUUUAAGAUACGAUUAUUCCAUAUCGUUAACAACUCUCGCCUCUUUCUAUACAUCUUUCCGGAAGACAACAACGACGACCAAGUGCCUCAAACCGAGCAGUCUCCAUUAAAUCCGAAUCAUGGGUUCGUUAACCAUCAAGAUUUUCCCGUGAUGAGCAACAAACCCGAGGAGUCUCCAUUUGAAGAGUUCUUUGGGAUUCAAGAUUCGCCGCACGGCAAAAACAAUCAAAUGCUUCAUCAAACAGAGCAAUCAGGUGUUUCAUCAAACUCAUUUGGAGGGACCUUUUACGGUGUGGAUCGAGAUUUGACGGUGGAACAGGUCUGUAAUCAGAACCAACAUGUGACAACUCAAAAUAUCAUGGCGAGGAGAAUCGACAGUGGAUCAUCACGACCGUCAUAUUCACUGGAUGAUGUACUUGGCGUUCAAGAUUUGCGUCCUGAGACUGUCGGGAGCAGAGGAAACAUGAAUCAGGUGGUUCAAACCGAGACAUCUUCACCGUCAGACUCAGUCAAAGAGUUCCUUAGAAUUUUAGAUUCGCCUGUGAAAAAGAAGAUCAAGACCAUCCCGUCCAUAAAGCUGACAGUGUUUGUGGAGCCAUUUGGAGAGAACAGGAAGAUCCCAGUGAUGGUUAACGCAGAUGAUAAUGUUGAAGAACUGAGGAAAGAGCUGGUUAAUAUGCAAGCCAAGGGUGAGUUAUCUCUUCCUCACGAAGGGUAUUACUUUAUAUUCAGAGAGCUAACAUUGAACGAAACUGAGUCAUUCAUGUGGAACCUUGUUAUUGACGGCGAUACAAUUGCGAUUAUCCCAAAAAUCGUUAUUCAAGCUUAA